GAUAGUAGAGACGCCAACUAUGUUGUUAAGGAAAAAAUUGCGGACGCUCAUAGCCUUGAUUGUGUCUUGGUGCCGGAAGGUUAUCGGGAAAAUUCGUUCCCGAUUUGUUUUCAAUCAAGUUAAAGGCUUCACUUCCAACCAUAAAUCCAAGACACAAGAGGUGCAGUCAAACUUCAUUCACAAAAAGGGAGGGAAGAGAUUUUUAAUGGACAUCAGCAGAAGGCUGAGAUUCUCGUUAGAAUUAUUCACAUUCCUGGCUGUCAUUUUCAUUUGGAUUUACUGGCGAUUCACUUUGCCACCAGCCGUAGAAGACGAUCGCAAAUGCAACAACAACAACAUUAUUAUCCCGAAAGGUAUUAAUAAUUACUCGGUCAAGAAAAUUUUACUUUGGAACGCCUCGCAGAGGAAAGAAGUGCGAGCCUUUGGCGUCGGUCAGGACGUUUUCGCCCGGAAGCGCUGCGCUUUUACCCAAUGCGAAAUUUUCACCGAUCGCUGGGAACAUCCACUGGAUUAUUAUGACGCAAUCGUCGUCGUCUUCAACGACGAAUUCCUCUCCAAAGAAGAUAUGGCCAUGCCGGAAUUUGAAUCCGGACGCAAUCCUAAUCAGCGGCUAGUCUUUUUCACGCAAGAAUCCCCUCCGGCGUUGAGAUCCCAUUACAACAUGACCCAAUUCGUCCAUUUCUUCAACUGGACCAUGACGUAUGCGCUAGAUUCUGACAUCCCUUUGCUUUACGGCCGGAUCAUUCCCAAGAAAUCAUCUCGUCUCAGUCCGGAGCAAAUCCUUCAACUCCGGAAGAAAUCCCGUAAAUCCUUCCGGCCGAGAUCCGCCUUCCGCCAAAAGACGAAGAAAAUCGCCUGGAUGGUGUCCCACUGCUGGACGCACAGCAUGAGGGAAUUGUACGCCAAGGAACUCAACAAGUACAUGGACGUCGACAUUUACGGCGGAUGCGGUAAUUUCAGUUGCCCCACCCACGUCCUGCACAGCUCCGAUCCGCAAUGUUACGACAUGUUGCAGUCCGACUACAAAUUCUACCUGUCGUUCGAGAAUUCCCUCUGCAAGGAUUACGUCACCGAGAAAUUCUUCAAAGUGAUGGAUCACGACAUCGUUCCGAUCGUGUACGGGGCCGCCGAUUACGCCAGACACGCUCCGCCGCAUUCGUACAUUCACGCGGGAAAAUUCAAACCCAAAGAGUUGGCCGACUACCUGAAAUUGCUCGACGCCAACGAGACGCUCUACCAGGAAUAUUUCUGGUGGAAGGAUCACUUCCGGGUCGAGUCCAGCGUCGAGGACAUGUCACGUCACGGCUUCUGCGAUUUGUGUCAAAAGCUGCACGAAGAUUCUGAAUUUAAAUCGUACGCGGAAAUGGCAUCCGAUUGGGGCGACGACAGCCGACAGUGCGCCUGAACUGAUCCCAAGUGGAUCUCAUAACUUUGAUUAAAAUUUUAAUAGCAUAAUUUUUAAAUGAAUUGAUUUGGU